AUGGAUAUUCUCACACGGUGUUCUCCAGCGGGGUCGGCGCUCCUCCGCUCCGGUCCACACGAAGCUCGACCUCUCGCGCUUCGCACCGCAACGCACUCCCUCCCCUCAACGAAGCUGCCGCAAUUCUCCCGUCGCGGCGUCGUUUCGGCGAUUUCCGAAGGUUCGCGAAAGUCGCAGUAUUCGUCCAGCGAGUUCGCGAAGUUACCAGGCGAGCUGCAGGACCUCUCGAAUCUCGUGAAGAAGCUCGCCAACGAAACCACCAGACCUCCCCGCGCGGACACCGCGCGGCCCUCCGUCAAGCCCCCUCGCUACAGCGACUUCGCUAACAAUCCUGAGAACGACCUUUCGAAUAGACCCGCCGUUGCGGCUCCCGAUGAGCCAAGCAUUCCGGGUCUUCCGGCGUCAGUCGCGCGGCAGAUGCCGUGGCUGGCACCGGCAAAGCCGCAGCCAGCGCAAGAUGCGGAGAGCGACCUCGAGGGGUUGAUACCCAAGGCGCUCUCCUCCCCGUCCGUGGCGACACCUGUCGAUAGAGCAGUGGUACCCCGUACGGAGGUCAUCGCCAUGCGGUCGCGGCUCAACAAGAAGCUCAGCGAGUCCAACACGUACAAUCGUUUCCUGCAGCGCGAGGUGCAAUACCGCGAGCAGGCGCUGAGCGACUCAAAAGCGCUUUUGAUUGCGCUGGCAGCGGAAAUGCGGGAGCUGAGUGAGGUGGCGGAUGAGAUCGUGAAGACCGAGGGCUUGCCAGUCACGAGGAAGAUCAACGGCCGAUACUUGCCGUCCCACCUCAGCAACAGACUGGAAGAGCUCUAUUCCGAUCUGAGACAGCAGCUGGAGGGAAUCGAAAAGCUGCGCCUGCGAGAAGUCCCCUUGGUAUGGUUUGGCAUGGCGGAGGACGUGAAGGUGAUGGGGUCGUUUGACGGCUGGACGUACGGCGAGCAGAUGUCCCCCGAGACCACCGGCACCAUGACCCGCUUCUCCACCGUGCUCAAGCUGCGCCCGGGCAGAUACGAGAUCAAGUUCCUGGUGGAUGGCGAAUGGAGAGUGGCAACAGAGUGGCCCACCGUGGGACACGGCAUGCUUGAGAACAACGUGCUUACUGUUGAAUGA